GUGCCCUUUUUAAAUGUCCACGUCUCUCUCUUGUGCUUACCCCCCCCUCCCCCCUCAGGACGGAGCGGCAGUGGUGCGACCUGGCCGUGUCUCUGUCUCUGCUCUCCUUGUGUGAGCGCGGCUUCAAGAGGCUGCAGGAGUGCUGGGAGUGUUACAGCGACAAGCUGACGGAGCCCGGCGUCUACCAGCCGCUGCUCUCCAUCACCGCCAAGCUGCGCCGCGGAGCCAAAGCCCUGUUCAAGGCCCAGGUGGACGAGUUUGAGAAGCGCCUGACUGCAGUUCACACGCGGGGGCUGGAGAACGUGGAGAGUCCCGAGAUGGACGAGGAGAACCAGAAGGAAGGAGGACCCUCUGAGAAGACGGUCAUUCGAACAGCUGCAGCCAGGGGCCGGCAGAGGUCAAAGAGAGGUCAAGCGAAGCCCUCGGUUUCCAGCCGAUGCGACGACAGCUUUGUGACGCCUCAGAAAUCUCGCAAGUCCAAGAAACCUGCGAUCGUCUUCAGCAGUGAUGAAGAGGAGGAGGAGGAGGAUGAUGAGG